UAUGAGUACGUUCAUCCGGCCGAUCACGACGAGAUGACCGCGGUUCUGACGCCUCAGCCCUCGUAUCACUCACACUUCAUCCACGAGCAUGAAGUGGAGCGCUCGUUCUUCUUGAGAAUGAAGUGUGUUUUGGCCAAACGUAACGCCGGGCUGACGAGCGGAGGAUAUAAGGUCAUCCACUGCAGCGGCUAUCUGAAGACGUCUGCGCUGGACUGCUAUCAGAACGUGGGUCUGGUGGCGGUGGGACACACUUUACCUCCCAGCGCCGUCACCGACAUCAAGCUUCACAGCAACAUGUUCAUGUUCAGAGCCAGUCUAGACAUGAAGCUCAUCUUCCUCGACUCCCGGGUUUCAGAGCUGACAGGAUAUGAGCCACAGGACCUGAUUGAGAAGACCCUGUAUCAUCACGUGCACAGCUGUGACAGCUUUCACCUGCGCUGCGCUCAUCACCUCCUGCUGGUCAAAGGUCAGGUGACCACUAAAUAUUACCGCUUCCUGUCCAAACACGGCGGCUGGGUUUGGGUGCAGAGUUACGCCACCAUCGUUCACAACAUCCGCUCGUCUCGUCCGCACUGCAUCGUCAGCGUCAACUACGUCCUCACGGACACAGAGUAUAAAGGCAUGGCGCUGUCUCUGGACCAGCUGAAGCCCAGCAAACCUGCGUUCCCCUACAGAAACCAGCAUGAGCCGGAGGACAAAACUCCAAGCAGCAGGAGGAAGAUCCUGGUUUCUCCUUACUCUCAGCAGUUCUUGUCCUUUCAGCCCGAGUGCUCAGAUUCCGAGCGCGACAGCCAAUGGGGCGGCAGCCCUCUGACAGACUCCGCCUCCCCGCCGCGACUGGAUCACAGUGAUGCGUGCGGCUCGCUGUGUUACGCUCUCUCUCAGGAUGACGCGGUGCACACAUGUCUCGUUGGGACGACGAGCGCGCGGACAGUUCUCCGGGCUCGUCGGGCGAUUCGGGAGACGGUUGCCAUGGCAACAGGGCGUUUCACGUGA